UCAUUCUCAGUUUCUCCCUCUUUGGGUCUACUUGUGUAUAUAUUUACUCCCACCCAUAACCCCAUUUUCACCAUUAUUGGAGCCAAAGAAGAGCUUAAAGAGGGAAAGACAAGAGAAACUGUGAAACACAAAAAAUCUCACUGGAUUCCAUUACCAGUGAGAUGGAGAAAGAAAAUGGCGGUGCUGCUGUUCAAGAAGAUGAAGCAGUUGCUCUUGUUAGGAGAAAAGAUGCUGCCUUUUUUGCUUGGCCUUGGGAAAACUUGGGCAAUUUCAAGUAUGUGUUGUAUGGGCCAUUGAUUGCAAAGUUCAUAUACUCACUGGUUUGGAAGGAGAGUUUGGAGGAUGUUUGGUGCUUGCAUAUUCUUUUAUUGACUUCCAUUAGAGGCUUUCUCCAUCAGCUAUGGUGUUCUUACUGCAACAUGCUCUUUCUUAACCGUGCCAAGCGGGUCUUUACGCAAGGCAUUGAUUUUGAACAGAUUGACAAGGAGUGGCAUUGGGACAACUUCUUACUACUUCAAGCUAUAAUGGCUUCAUUUGCCUACAUGAGCUUCCCUUCCUUGGCCAAUCUCCCAACAUGGGAACUCAAAGGCUUCCUUUGGUGUCUCGCUUUGCACAUAGCAUUCUCGGAGCCACUCUACUAUGCGAUCCAUAGACUAUUGCAUAGCCCACACCUCUUCCCUCUCUACCAUUGGCUACAUCACGAUUCGAAAAUUCCACAUCCCUUUACAGCUGGCAGUGCAGCAUUUUUGGAACACCUAUUAAUGUGUUUGGUUGUGGGAAUUCCAACUCUGGGAACGGCGUUACUCGGAUACGGUUCAAUCGCCGUUAUGUACAGUUACAUUCUGACAUUUGAUUUCCUUAGAUGUUUGGGAUACAGCAAUGUUGAAAUCAUGCCCAGUAAUCUCUUCAAGUUUAUCCCAGUUCUCAAGUACCUCAUUUAUACCCCAACGUACUACAGCUUGCACCAUAAGGACAAAAGGAGUAACUUUUGCUUGUUUAUGCCUCUCUAUGAUGUGUUGGGGAAGACGACCGACCCCCGUUCUUGGGAGCUUCAGAGAGAGAUCAGUUCAAGGACUAGUGCGGACGAGAAGGCCCCGGAUUUCGUGUUCCUUGCGCACGUCGUCGACGUGAUGUCAGCGAUGCAUUCCCCGUUUGUUUUCCGGUCGUUCAGUUCGACUCCGUUCAGUAACAGGCUCUUCUUGUUGCCGUUGUGGCCUUUCACCUUCUUGGUGAUGAUCGUCAUGUGGCUCAAAUCCAAAACUUUCUUGUUCAGCUUUUACAUUCUCAGAGGAAAAGUUCACCAAACAUGGGUCGUUCCGAGAUUCGGUUUCCAGUAUUUCUUGCCUUUUGCUGCGGAAGGAAUAAACAAACAAAUAGAGGAAGCAAUCCUAAUGGCGGACAGAAUAGGCGUGAAGGUCAUUAGCCUCGCGGCACUGAACAAGAACGAAGGCCUCAACGGCGGCGGAACGCUGUUCGUGAACAAGCUUCCCGACCUCAAGGUCCGAGUCGUCCACGGCAACACCUUGACGGCCGCCGUCAUCUUGAACGACAUCCCGAGGGACGUCGACGAGGUGUUCUUGACGGGGGCCACGUCCAAGCUCGGCAGGGCCAUUGCCCUCUACCUGUCCCGCCGACGCGUCCGGGUCCUGAUGCUUACUCAGUCAACGGAGAGAUUUUUAAAAGUCCAAAGCGAAGCCCCUAUUGAUUGCCAGCAAUUCCUAGUUCAAGUUACAAAGUAUCAAGCAGCCAAGCACUGCAAGACGUGGAUAAUUGGGAAGUGGGCUACGCCUCGGGAGCAAAGCUGGGCCCCGUCGGGAACGCAUAUUCAUCAGUUCGUCGUCCCGCCUGUCAUCCCAUUCCGUAGAGACUGCACCUAUGGGAAGUUAGCCGCGAUGAGGCUACCAAAGGACGUCGAGGGCCUUGGUUCGUGUGAGUACACGAUGGGAAGGGGUGUAGUACACGCAUGCCACGCGGGAGGGGUGGUACAUUUCCUAGAAGGGUGGACCCACCACGAGGUCGGAGCCAUCAACGUAGACCAGAUCGAUACGGUGUGGAAGGCCGCGCUCAAGCACGGCCUGAAGCCAUUGUAGGACGAUAGCGCCCCGCCGCCGCCGUUUGCCGCCAGCUCUGCCGUCUCUUUGUUUCCUCCCGGAGUUGAUAGAUUGUAUUAACACGCAUUUGUUGUCUUUGUGCUUUCCGAUCACCGGCCACCGCACUGUAAAAGUUCAAAGCGAAAAUAAUAAUAAUAGUAAUAAUUGAAUUGUUUAUCU